AACCCUUCCCACUACGGAAUCUCCACCAAUGGGAGAUUUUCAUAGAUCAAGUGUCGCUAUAACAGAAAGACUUUUUCAUGCCUGCAUGUUUGCUGAACUUUACAGCCAGUCGCUGCCAGCAGGAAGCUCACUUCUUUCGGCUUUUCUGAGUCUCAAAGUCCACUAUCACCAUGUCAGACACAGAGGAUGUCGAGCAUUUUGAGGAAGAGAAGCCAAAGUUCAAGCCAUCAGCACCCAAGAUCCCAGAUGGUGAUAAAGUGGACUUUGAUGACAUUCAGAAGAAGCGCCACAACAAGGAUAACCAAGAGCUGCAGGGCCUCAUCGAUGCUCACUUCGAGCAAAGGAAGAAGGAGGAGCAGGAACUGAUCGCCCUCAAGGAGAGAAUGGAGAAGCGCAGAGCUGAGAGGGCAGAGCAGCAGAGGGUCCGGGCUGAAAAGGAUAAGGAGCGCCAGGCCAGGCGUGAGGAGGAGAGACGGAGGAAGGAGGAGGAAGAUGCCAAGAAGAAGGCAGACGAAGACGCCAAGAAGAAGUCAGCUCUGUCUGGUAUGGGCUCCAACUACAGCAGCCAUCUGCAAAAGGCCGAUGCCAAGAAAGGCGGCAAGAAACAAACAGAGAGAGAGAAGAAGAAAAAGAUCCUGGCUGAUAGACGCCAAGCCGCUCGCGUCGACCAUCUCAACGAGGACAAACUGAGGGACAAAGCGCAGGAGCUGUUCGACUGGAUCAAGACCCUGGAGGCUGAGAAAUUUGAGCACAUGGAGAGGCUGAAGAGGCAGAAGUAUGAGGUGUGA